AGCCAACACUGGGACCAUCUUUAUUCAAAGUAGGUGAAGAAAAAACUCAAAUCUCCCGUUAUUGUCUUGAAUGUUAGUACAACUUCUAUUACAUAUCACAAACAAACAACACUACUACUACUACUUGUUCUUCCUCUUUCUCUUUCUCUAGUCGAAACUACCAAAAUACACCAAAAAUAUAAUUAAAAAAAAACUAUACAAAUUAAAGCAUCAUUCGAUUCGAUUCUAUGAAGAAAAAAUCCCUGCUUUUAUGUUUUUGACCCCUUACCAUCUUUCUCUCUCCUCCUUCUUCCAUCAUCAUCAUCACCUAUGACUCUUCUUGUCCCCUUUUUUCACUUUUUAUUAUUAUCAAAUAUAUUGUAUUUUAUAUUAUUUUCCCAUUUUCAAAUUUCGAAGAAUUUGUCAAAUUUUCUAUCUUUUUCUUCCUUCUUUAAUGGAGGUUCAAGCUUUGUUGGAAUUCUUCCGCAAAAAUAAUUUCCCAGAAGCUGAAUUUGCCUUAAAACAGGAUCUUACUGAAAAGAAGGAACUUUAUGGGUCUUAUGAUUUCGAGAAGUUUCUUUUUCCGAUGAACCCACCUUUGCCGCCGGUUAAACUUCCGGUCAAUUCUCGCCGGCGGGCCGUAAUUGGGCCUAUUUCGGGUUCUGGGUCGGGCCAUGAUUCUUCUGGGGAUGAUGAGUUUAAGAGUUUGGGCUCGUCUACUUCUGUCAGUGCUGUCUGUUCUUCAGACUUUACAAAUCCAUAUGGACAACGUUCUACAACACAAGCGGAUUCGGAUGCUUCCUCAGAUAGAAUGUCUCAGUUUGGAACUGCAAGAGAGUACAACGAUUUUGAUAUGCAAACUGACUUGUGGUAUGAUGAUAAAGAUGAUGGACCUUAUAUGACCCCUAGCUUUGGUGGGUUAGACCCUUUUGGCUGCCCAAGUGAGGAUAAGUUUGUCAUGACUUCUGGGAUGGUAAAUAAUCUAUCAAGAAGUCCAUUUUCGUUUAAUCGUUUAUCAGACGAUUCCGAGGAAGUAGACCACCAUUAUAUAGACUAUCCCUUUCAACCUCAUAAGAUGUCCACUGAGGUUGUCGAUAAUGGUCAAGUUAAGGAUUGCUAUCAUCUCGAUGAGAAAAACAGUACUGAAGUAAGGAUCAAGUGGGAUCUUGGGCGUAAUGGUUGUAGUGAUCGUGAAGAUUCUGAUUCCAAUGUUAAAGAAACGAUUUUGAAUGAGUUGGAGGCAAGCUUUGCCAAGCAGAGGCUUUCUAAUACUGAAUCUGUGGUAGAAGGAAAUGGAAAGGAUUUGGCUGAAGAGUUAGAUGGUUCAAGAAGUAUCUUUGAAACUUAUAAGCAGGAAUUGCUUCUUGUUGACAGCUGCGCUUAUGAUUUUGGAGCUAAUGAUGAAAAGGAAGUGGUUAAAAGUACCGAAGAACCUAGCAGUGCUGUUGAUGAGCAAGAAAGCACAACACCGGAAGAUAUUCCAUAUUGGGAGACCAACGAAGAUGACUAUGAAGUAUUUAACCUAAGAAUUAUUCACCGGAAGAACAGGACAGGAUUUGAAGAGAGUAAAGAGUUUCCUAUUGUCUUGCACUCAGUUGUUGCGGGAAGAUAUUACAUUACUGAGUACCUGGGCUCUGCUGCUUUUAGCAAAGUUGUUCAGGCGCAUGAUAUUCUAACUGGAGUUGAUGUUUGCCUAAAAAUCAUUAAAAAUGAUAAAGAUUUUUUUGAUCAAAGUUUGGAUGAAAUUAAACUUCUCAAGUAUGUCAACAAGCAUGAUCCUGCAGAUACGCAUCAUAUUUUACGUCUUUAUGAUUACUUUUACCAUCAGGAACACCUUUUCAUCGUUUGUGAACUUCUUCGAGCCAAUUUAUAUGAAUUUCAGAAAUAUAAUCUGGAAUCUGAUGGAGAGGCCUAUUUUACUAUGAGUAGAUUGCAGAGUAUUGCCAGGCAGUGUUUGGAGGCAUUGGAUUACUUGCAUAGUUUGGGAAUCAUCCACUGUGAUCUGAAGCCUGAGAAUGUUUUGAUCAAAAGCUAUAGCAGAUGUGAAAUAAAGGUUAUUGAUCUCGGAAGCAGUUGUUUCGAGACUGACAACUUGUGUCUGUAUGUCCAAUCUCGAUCAUAUAGGGCUCCUGAAGUAAUUUUAGGGCUCUCUUAUGGUCCUAAAAUUGAUAUUUGGUCUCUUGGCUGUAUUAUGGCUGAGCUUUGCUCUGGUGAGGUACUUUUCCCAAAUGAUGGUGUUGUAAUGUUGCUGGCCCGCACGAUUAGUUUGCUUGGUCCUAUUGAUCUGGAGAUGCUAUUGAGAGGAGAAGAGACUCACAAAUAUUUCACCAAGGAGUUCGAUCUUUUCCAUAUAAAUGAGGAUACAAAUCAAAUGGAGUACAUAAUUCCUGAGAAAUCCUCCUUGGAGCAGCACCUUCCAGUUUCUGAUGCCGGCUUCAUGGACUUCUUACGGUAUUUGCUUCAGAUAAAUCCUCGAGGGCGCCCUACAGCAAGACAAGCGCUUGAGCACCCUUGGCUUUCCUUACCAUAUACUAGUUAGUUUCAGCAUCAUCACCUGCAACUAUGGUUUUGUGUCUCACCGUGUAAUUUUUUUAUUCAGUGAAAGAAAAAAGGAAAAUCCUUUUCUUUUUCUUUUUUGAAGGGAAGAAGUGGGCAUUUGCAUACUUGCAUUUGAAGGUGUUCUUUCUGGUUAAGUGCAUCAUCUUUGCAAAAUCUGUGCAAGAUACCGAUCUUGUGUCCAAAAUAGUGUAAAUAUUACAGCCACAGGAUGCUGUACAUAGUUUUAGAGUUUAGUGUUGUGUUUUUUGUUUCUUCUUUUUUUUUGCCUCGGCGGGUUUUGACUGCUGUACUUCUCCCUGCUGUUGAGGGAAUUGGUUUCCUGAUCGAAUGCUGGCUAACCAACGUAUAUGUUACAGCUUAAUUUAAUGAAUUGUACUUUUAAAAUUUUGCUUGAAAUAGGACAUCUCUUCUUCCCAAGCUACUCCAACCGUGAAUCGUGGCAGUAAGUCCUGUAAUCCUUACACUGGCCUUGUAUUUUUGCCUAGUCUAGACCCAAUGACUUUCAUCUAUGACCAAAUGGGGCUAUUCUUGCUGGUUAUUGGUGAAGACCGAUACGUGUUGUUACGACUUUGCCGUCCAUCAGCAAGCCUCGCCGAUGACUGAAAUGUGUUGGGCACUGUGGUACCUAUCAACUUCUCAGAUCAACUGUAUCAGCAAUUCAGUAUCACCAAGUCAGACAGUCAACCCUGGUGCUAUUAAUCUGUCUUGUGUUUCAUAUUUGGCUCGUGGGCCUCGGGCAAGCUGUGUGAUGAGCUUGUAUGAAUUACAUUGGUCAUGUCACAUGGGCCAAAUUCCAGAUUUGACAUGUCCGUAUGCAUCGCCUUACAUGGGCCAAUGUCACGAGAAAAAAGAAGGAAAAUAUUAGGAACUCCUUCUCACGAGGGAAAUAGUAAGUUAAUCCCUGUUGGUACGUACAUUUUCUAAUAGAACUUGGUUACAUGUAAGCUCUCUA